AUUAAUUCAUUACUACAGUACAAAUUAUAAACAUUAUAAAAUAUCUUCGUUUUUAUAAGCUAUUCUUUUUUACUUCUCUUGACUUUUCACUUAAUGUACAAUACAUGACCAUUCAAUUAUUAUGUAAAACUCGUUGACUUAUAUAUAACUUUAUUUUUUUCAAACAGUAUACCAUCUUACCAUCUUUAUCUUUAUAAACAAUAUUUUUUUUUUUCAUUUUCAUACACGAUAACGUUUCUUAAACAUUAUUAUUACGUAUCAAUAACAACGAAAAAAAAAACCCAAUUAAGGUAUAAUUUUAAAGUUGGGUAUUUCUGUUUUCGCUUUAGUUUUUCUACCCGUAAAAUUUUUUAGAACCUCUUUCGUCUUAUACUUGUUUAUGUUUAUCUUUAAGGUACAAUGCGCGAACUUUUACUAGUGCGAAAGCUGCAAGAAGAAAACGCAAAAAAGAACAAACUAAGUGAAAACAUAACUUCUGAAAACUCGAACACUUCUAUAAAGGGUCACCAUGAAACUGCGGAUUCUUCAGUAAAUAAUAUUACAUUAAAUACAACAGAUAUUACUAACCAUAGAGAAGUUCAGAUUGAAAACAUAAAGUCCCAUGAUAUUGACGAUAACGUUAAAAUAUCUACACCUGACGACAAGAUAAAUCCAACCCAUCAAUUAAAUACUUCCGACGUAGAUAAAAUAUCUGAACAAGUUAGAUCUGAACGUACUUCUACUAAUGACAGCAAUAGUAAUCAAUUUAUGGGCAAGAUAUCUUUUAAUGAAAAAACUGAAUAUAGUCAAAAUGUACAAACCGUCGAAGAGAACGCCCCGGUAAUUUCGGAGCAUGAUGGAAAUGAUCUAAUAGAUUCAAUGUCAGAAGAGGAAAAAAAACAAAAUGAGGCGGUAUCACUUGCUCUUCAAACAAAAAGAGAAAGUUUGAAAGAGUUCUUUUUACAGAAACAACCUUAUAUUCACAAAGACACUUUUACAGACAAUCAAAUAGUAUUAGACUCAAAUUUUACUGAUGAUAAAAAAUCGGUUGCUUUAACAAAUUUAAAGGACGAACCCACAAAAGAGAAUUCAAAGGACGAAAUUCCUACCCAAGGAUCAUCUGAAACUAUAAAUUCCAAAGAUAUUACUAGUACUGAUAAACUUUCACUUACCUCACCUCCGGAUAACUUAAGUCCUGAUGAAAAACGUCAAAAGGCUGCUGCAAAUCGAAGCAUGCAAAGGAAGGACUUGAAGAAAUUCUUAAAACAGAAAAAACUUCAAAUGGAGCAAAAAUUAGACGAAACUACAGACAUAAUUAUAAUGGGUUCAGAAGAAAUUAAAACAUCUUCAGAAACUAAAAAUGUUGAAAAUUCUGAUGAAAAUUCUAUAUUAAAUGGAUUAAAUGAGGACGAUAAAAUUGAAUCAGAUACAAGAAGUAAAGGUGAAAUAAACAACUCUAUACAUAUAAAACAAGCAAAGAAUAAAGCAUCAUACGAAGAUACUGAUUCUGAUGGAUCAAUAGAUUUGGAUGCGAUAAUAGCUAAUGGUAGUGAUUUAGAGUCUGGUGAAAUUCAACUAACUGAUGACGGAUUGGAUGAUGGAGAUGAAAAUUUUUGGAGUGUUGAUCCUGCAGAGGUAUAAUAAAUUCAUUACAAAAUCGUUGAUUAUAACGAUUACUUAUUUAUUCAAAUUCAUUCGGCAAAAUCAAUUAGCUUGAAAGACAUAUUACACCAUCAACAUCUCCCUUACCUCCAGACCUGCAUAGCACUCCAAUAUU